GUCUGACCAUGUGUCCAUGACCACAUCAUGUAGUCGCCUCCAGGCUCCUUGAAGAUUGCUCAUCAAGUAUACUACUCUUCUAAAGCCACCUAGAGAACUCGCUGAUCUCUACCAAAGCCCCACCGCUCUUGAGAACGCACCGAGAGCUCUUACCCAGGUCAUCUUGAAGGCAGCGUUUCGUCGACAGUGUCAACGAGAACUGGCUUUCCGUCAAAAAGAUGGCACACAAAGAUGAUAUUGGCUUCGAUUUUCAGCCGGAACUCCCCGUGGGGAUUUCUUGUGUCGGAGGUCGCUAUCUAUUGUUCGACGUUCGGGUGGCGACGUAUCUUCGUCGAAACCAUAAUAUAUGUGGCAUGACGAUUGGAUCUCUUCCGUUAGCGCCGUCUCAAAACCUGUUUUUGGGGAUGCCCAUCGAAAUCAUGCCCGAGGAAGCUCAAGUGUUGGUCGAGAAGAAAGUGGCCUUCAUCGUCGACGAUGCACGUGAGCACCAGCGGGCGCUUCAGACUGCCGACGCCGCCAGACGCGCAGAUUACCGGGCACAUCUCCAGAAACAGACUCAGAGUGUCGAACAGGUCCGAGCCCAGGAAAGAGCAGAGUCCAAGAAACGGGGUCUGGAAAAGGUUUCAAAAAAAGCUGCAGGAACCCCUCAAACAUCAGUCAAUGACCAGCCAGCGCGUGAUCCACUGGAUUUUGAGAAUGUCCAAGAAAGUCAAGCCCACCAGUCAAGCCAGGCCGACGAUAAUGUUGCCGAUUCCACAGCGUCUGGUGUAACAACCGGCUAUGAAAUCACGCCAACAACUUCUCAACUCCUCGUCCCGACGAAUGCUCCGUCUCCAUCUUUGAGCAAUGCUAGCACCCAAGCAGCUGUACCAAAUCUCCCGUCAUCAUACCCUUUGUAUCGCCAUCUCCAUAGCCAAGGAUACUUUGCAACUCCAGGCCUGCGAUUCGGUUGCCAGUAUACCGUGUAUCCGGGUGAUCCGCUCCGGUUCCAUUCCCAUUUCCUCGCCGUGGGAACGGAAUGGGACGAGGAAAUCGAUUUGAUGGAUAUUGUCGGCGGCGGCCGGCUGGGAACUGGUGUCAAAAAGGGGUUUUUGAUCGGUGCGCAGAGCCCUGUGGGUGAUGUGAGAACAUUCAGUGUCGAAUGGGCAGCCAUGUGAGCUCAAUCAAGCUUAGAUCUACGUAGAUCACACUGUUGUCUUGACCAACCUAAUGCCAUGAUGAGACUGUGCAACGGAGAUUAGGUAUUCCGCGGCGAAGCUUUUUUCCUGCAUGAUGGAAUGACGUUGAUUGUGCUGAUGAAUCUUCGUCGGAAAAGGUGGUUUUAAUUUCUGCUGGCUCAAAAAUAUAAUUCCACGAGCAGAGAUUGAGGAGAAUCUGAGCCCUAUAAUUUCUCAGACAUUAUCCAUUCCCUUCCAUUUGAAUUUGCG